AUGGGUGUUGCCCAUACCACGGCGCGUACAAAGCAGACUGCUCGCAAAUCCACCGGUGGUAAAGCACCCAGGAAACAACUGGCCACAAAAGCCGCUCGCAAGAGUGCGCCCUCUACUGGAGGGGUGAAGAAACCUUAUCGUUACAGGCCUGGUACUGUGGCACACAGUGAAGUCAGAUGCUAUCCAAAGUCCACUGAACUUCUGAUCCGCAAGCUCCCCUUUCAGCGUCUGGUGCGAGAAAUUGCUCAGGACUUCAAAACAGAUCUGCGCUUCCAGAGUGCAGCUAUUGGUGCUUUGCAGGAGGCAAGUGAGGCCUAUCUGGUUGGCCUUUUUGAAGAUACCAACCUGUGUGCUAUCCAUGCCAAACGUGUAACAAUUAUGCCAAAAGAUAUCCAGCUAGCACGCCACAUACAUGGAGAACUUGCUUAAGAGUCCACUAUGAGGGGAAACAUUUCAUUCUCAAAAUUUUUCUUUUCCUCUUCUUCCUGUUAUCAGUAGUUCUGAAUGUUAGAUAUUUUUUUCCAUGGGGUCAAAGGUACCUAAGUAUAUGAUUGCGAGUGGAAACAUAGGGGACAGAAUCAGGUAUUGGCGUUUCUCCACGUUCAUUUGUGUGUGAAUUUUUAAUAUAAAUGCAAGAUGUAAAGCAUUAAUGCAAG